CGUGUGGAUCUGCGUCACGCAGUCGCGUGGGAGUGAGAGAUGUAGCGAGGGAGGAGCAGCCCAACAGUAGGGGAGUUGGGUGGAACGUAUAGUUAGCAGGUCCUUUAUUCUAAACCUAUAUUUCACGUACUCAUAAUUUGUUUUCUCGCCGUGAGAGAACAGAGAAGUGAAGAACGGAACGAGAGGUUGGAUGAGCGACGUGAAGAGUUCUGCAGGGAUGGCGGCGGUGUUACCCAGGACCCUUGGGGAGCUCCAGCUCUACAGGAUCCUCCAGAGGGCCAACCUGCUGUCUUACUACGGGGCCUUCAUCCAGCAGGGUGGCGACGACGUGCAGCAGCUGUGUGAGGCGGCCGAGGAGGAGUUCCUGGAGAUCAUGGCCCUGGUGGGCAUGGCCAGCAAGCCCCUCCAUGUUAGGAGGCUCCAGAAGGCCCUGCGAGACUGGGUCACCAACCCGGCCCUUUUCAACCAGCCCCUGGCCUCUCUCCCUGUCUGCAGCAUCCCUGUCUACAAGCUGGAAGCUAACGGUAAUUCUAAGACUAGCGCCCACGUCACGGUGCCCACUCUACUGGCGGCGGAAUGUGUGGGGGCGUCAGGGGUGGGGGGCGAGGGACGAGGAUGUUCGGCCUCUGGGUCUCCAGUGCAGAUUGGCAGCGAACCUCGUUUCUGGGGCUCCUUGUCCUCUCGCGGCGGGGGAGCGGAGAGCGAGCGAAGCCUGUCCCCUGCUGAGAUGACCCUGGGUCUGGGUUCUCCCUCGCCGCCGUCCCCCCGCAGCGAGGAGGUACUAGAUGCCGCAGCGUUGAGGUCGCUGGCAGAGUGUGUGGAGCGGCUGGCCCAGGCGCUGCCCCGGAGCGACCCGUCCGAGGUGAAGGAGGGGCUGCGGGGCAACAAGAAGCUGUCCAAGGUGAUCUGCCACAUCCUGGACAUGGAGGAGGAGGACCCGAGGAGGGAAGAAGAGAUACGCAAGUACAGCGCAAUCUACGGACGCUUUGACUCCAAGAGGAAGGAUGGCAAGCACUUCACACUUCACGAGCUGACAGUGAAUGAGGCAGCAGCUCAGUUGUGUAUGAAGGAGGUCUCCCUGCUGACCAGGAGAGAAGAGUUGUUUGGUCUGGCUAGACAGGUCUCUCGCGAGGUCACCUACAAGUACACCUACAGGACUAGCAAGUCUCGAUGCUGUGACAGAGAUGAUCCUUCUCACAAGAUGAUCAAAACAGAGGAGGGCUUCUUCGACCUCCAGGAAGCCCUGCAGUCAAUCCACAUGAGAAGGGUGGCCCUGAGAGAGCAGCUGGCCACAGCCAAGUCUAAAGGAGAGGAGACUAUGGGGCGCUGCAUCCAGCUGCAGCUGGAGCGUCUGCUGACCAGACAGAUGGAGAUCCAUCACGAUCUGCAGGCCCAGGACAGACUGCAGGCCCAGGACAGACUGCAGGCCCAGGACAGACUGCAGGCUCUGGAGUGGAAGGUCCCUCUGGGGGCCUUCAGGUUGAAUCACAACACUAACCCAGAACACCGUCACCAUGUCAACGGAGUCUCCACUGAUAGCACCAGUCUACCGCCAGGGGAGAGGCCACUGAACCUGCAGGUUGAGGGUCAAAAGUCGAAUGGAGACACACCCCUGGGGAAACAACUAGCCAAUGAGCUGAAGAGGCAUCACGGCAACAGGGAGGGAAAGACCCCACCCACGAGUCACCAUAGCAAUGUCAAGUGCAAAACUCUGACCAUAGAAAAUGGGAACGGGGCUGACUUCUCCCAAGGGGCUCUCAGCCUUUCUGACAAGAAGACCAUCAAAUCAUAGCCGGAGGAUUCCAGAUAGCACCUCUUCUCCUCCUCCUCUUCCUCCUUGCGCAUCCCUCUUUCACAACACAGUCGUCGUUGGGCAAUACUAAACAAGCACAGCUGCAUUAGAGCCUUAACAACCAAUGUUGCCUCAAGAUAAGGGAUUUUACAUGUAGUUUCUUUUUUGCCAAAGCACCUAGAGAGCCUUUAUUUCUCUACUCGUAGAAGCCCAUUUUUUGUAUUUUCACUGACUGUGUUGAUUCCUCCUCCCUUCCCUACUCUACCGUUCUCCUUUCUUACUUUCAAGACUGACGGCGAGGGGUCUGUAGAUGUAUUUGUACAUAUAGAAUUCUGACACGGAAAAGUGUUUAUUUGUCACUGAUGUCAUUUAAAUAUGUGCUGUGUAAAAUUAGGACGUCAGUUACCAGGACAACACUAGAAGUUCCACCGACUUUGAGUCAACCAGGAUUUGGCUCAGAAAAGUCUUAUUUAUGUUGACAAAGUGCCGGGUUACCAUGGUGUUACCAUGGGUUGACUCAUUCAAGGUUCUAAUGGUGAUUAAAAAAAACUUAAGACACCAACUUAAAUAUUUAUUACAAUUCAGUGAGAGCCUUCAUUUGGAAUUUACAUAUGGGACGACAACUACAUUUACAUUUUUACCUUUAUUUAACUAGGCAAGUCAGUUAAGAACAAAUUCUUAUGUUCAAUGACGGCCUAGGAACAGUGGUUUAACUGCCUUGUUCAGGGGCAGAACGACAGAUUUUUACCUUGUCAGCUCAGGGGAUUUGAUCUUGCAACCUUUCAGUUACUAGUCCAACACUCUAACCACUAGGAUACCUGCCGCCCCAACAUAUGGAACGACAACAACAACAUAUGGGGGGACGACAUAUGGGAUGGCAAAAUAUUUGGACGACAACCUAUGGGACAACAAAGUACCAUAUUUGUAUAUUAUUGCAAGACAGUCUUCUGUGAUAACAUCGGGUGUGUAUGAUAGCCAUCAAGAAUAAGCACAAGUAGGGAUUUUCAUGACAAGGGCCUCAGAGGCCAUAUAAAUGGAGACGUUGACGUACUCUGUCUUACUAAACGGAAGGGAAAUCCUAGAAGUAGUAGAGUCUGAACUACAAAACAGUAAUAACAGGGUUUUACAUCCCACCUUCUCACUUUAACAAGUACAAAACCAAGUGUGUAUAAGUAGAGCAACACCGACAAUGUGUUGUUGAGAAACCCAGUGUCAAUGUCUCGUUUUCCCAGUUGUGGGGAUCGUGGUCACUGUGCAGUAGUUCUAUUUCCUGUUGACUAGCGUUAGCCAUAGUCUUAGUUCCCCUCAAGAUGACCUCGAACAGAUACAGUUGAAGUCAGACGUUUACAUACACAUAGGUUGGAGUCAUUAAAACUUGUUUAUCAACCACUCCACAAAUUUCUUGUUAACAAACUAUAGUUUUAGCAAGUCGGUUAGGACAUCUACUUUGUGCAUGACACAAGUAAUUUUUCCAACAAUUGUUUACAGACAGAUUAUUUCACUUAUAAUUCACUGUAUCACAAUUCCAGUGGGUCAGAAGUUUACAUGCACUAAGUUGACUGUUAUUUUAAACAGCUUGGAAAAUUCCAGAAAAUGAUGUCAUGGCUUUAGAAGCUUCUGAUUUACAUCAUUUUAGUAAAUUGGAGGUUUACCUGUGGAUGUAUUUCAAGGCCUACCUUCAAACUCAGUGCCUCUUUGCUUGACAUCAUGGGAAAAUCAAAAGAAAUCAGCCAAAUCAACCAAAAAUAGUUGACCUCCACUCAUCUGGUUCAGCCUUGGGAGCAAUUUCCAAAUGCCUGAAGGUACCACGUUCAUCUGUACAAACAACGGUAUGCAAGUAUAAACACCAUGGAACCACUCAGCCGUCAUACCGCUCAGGAAGGAGACUCCUAGAGAUGAACGUUCUUUGGUGCGAAAAGUGCAAAUCAAUCCCAGAACAACAGCAAAGGACCUUGUGAAGAUGCUGGAGAAAACCGGUACAAAAGUAUCUAUAUCCACAGUAAAACGAGUUCUAUAUUGGCAUAACCUGAAAGGGUGCUCAGCAAGGAAGAAGCCACUGCUCCAAAACCAGCAUAAAAAAGCCAGACUACGAUUUGCAACUGCACAUGGAGACAAAGAUCGUCCUUUUUGGAGAAAUGUCCUCUGGUUGGGCUGAUGGAACAAAAAUAGAACUGUUUGGCCAUAAUGACCAUUGUUAUGUUUGGAGGAAAAAGGGGAGGCUUGCAAGCUGAGGAACACCAUUCCAACCGUGAAGCACGGGGGUGGCAGCAUCAUGUUGUGAUAGAUAUAUUGAAGCAACAUCUCAAGACAUCAGUCAGGAAGUUAAAGCUUGGUCGCAAAUGGGUCUUCCAAAUGGACGUUGACCCCAAGCAUACUUCCACAGUUGUGGCAAAAUUGCUUAAGGACAACAAAGUCAAGGUCUUGGAGUGGCCAUCACAAAGCCCUGACCUCAAUAGAAAAUGUGUGGACAGGAAUGAAAAAGCAUGUGAGAGCAAGGAGGCCUACAAACCUGACUCAGUUCCACCAGCUCUGUCAGGAAGAAUGGGCCAAAAUUCACCCAACUUAUUGUGGGAAGCUUGUGGAAGGCUACCCGAAACGUUUGACCAAAGUUAAACAAUUUUAAAGGCAAUGCUACCAAAUCUUAAUUCAGUAUAUGUAAACUUCUGUGAUGAAAGAAAUAAAAGCUGAAAUAAAUCAUUAUCUCUA